AGAUUUAAUCGAUCGCCGGUCCGUUGGUAACGCCAUCUGACGGAACUACCCACAGUGAACCCACUCCCCGGGCCGCCGACGGCAAGUUCCAUCCGCACCCCUGCGGCGAGAUCUAUAUUUCAUGCACGACAAAUCUCUCGAGGCCACUGAGGGGACGCAAGAGGGAAGGGUCACGUCAGAGGGAAAUGACGUCCGUGACAAUGAAGAAGCGUUUGGUGAUGCUUUCCCUGAGAAAAAAGAAGUGGAUCUGAACACCCAAAGCACCCCGCCCAUUCAUACCACUGCGUCGAGACCGGGCAGCGCACAUAAAUCAACAGGAGGUGGGGAAGACAAGGACAUCGUUGAAACCGAGAAGCGGCCCUCAAGAAGAAGCGGAGAGCAUACCGGAGAUGAUGCCCCCGCAGAAGACGAGGAAGAUGAAUCGAAAUACUUGAGUGGCAUCAAGCUUGCCAUUCUCUCCCUGGGCCUCUGUCUGACGACAUUCGUCAUUGCACUCGACAAUACAAUCAUUGCGACCGCCAUCCCCAAGAUCACGACUGUCUUCAACAGUCUCGAGGAUGUCGGUUGGUACGGGUCUGCCUACCUCCUCACAACAUGCUCCCUGCAGCCAUCGUUUGGCAAAGUGUACACUUAUUUCGACGUCAAGUACACCUACCUUUUUGCCUUGUUGCUCUUCGAGGUCGGCUCCGUCAUUUGUGCUGCAGCGACUUCGUCGCCCAUGUUCAUUGUGGGGCGAGCCGUCGCUGGGGCUGGUGCUGCGGCACUUUUCUCUGGAGGCAUGACCAUCAUUGGGUACUCAGUGCCACUUAGAAAACGUCCGAUAUACAUUGCUGCUCUUUCGAGCAUGUUCGGCAUAGCCUCGGUGGUCGGUCCAAUCCUGGGGGGCGCUUUUACAGACAACGUGUCUUGGAGAUGGUGCUUCUGGAUCAAUCUACCUUUCGGUGGCGUGUCACUGGCCGUGGUAUUCUUCUUCUUUUCCAAUCCCGAACGCCAGUACAGCCACAUUCCAGUAAAGGCGCGAUUAAAGGAAGUGGAUCUCGUUGGAGCGACCUUUCUCAUCUGCGCCAUCGUAUCCUUGCUUUUGGCGCUGCAGUGGGGCGGUCAGACGUAUCCGUGGAAGAACUCGAAAGUCUGGGGCACGCUUCUCGGAUUCGGCUUGAUCAUCCUCGUCUUCAUCGCCAUACAAAUCUAUCAGAAGGAUCGGGCGACCAUCCCCCUGCGGGUGUUGAAGAAGAGGACCGUGCUGGUUAGCUGCCUUUUCACUGCCUUCUUGUCCAUGGCCCUUUACACACAUAUUUUCUACCUUCCCUUCUACUUCCAGGCUUCAAAAGGCACCUCGGCUGAGGAAAGCGGCAUCCGAACCAUUGCUUAUCUUGUCAGCAUCACGGUAGCCUCGCUGAUCGUGGGCGGCGCCAUCACCUUCGUCGGUUACUACUCGCCAUUCAUGUGGCUUGGAUCCGCCCUCUUCUGCAUAGGUUGCGGUCUGCUCUACACGCUCAAAGUCGCCUCUCCUCCAGGACAGUGGAUCGGCUACCAGAUCCUUGCCGGAGCUGGCGCAGGUGCGUCUGUGCAAAUCCCCUUUAUCGCGGUCCAAGUCGUUACCAACGAAAAGGAUAUGCCCACCGCCAACGCUUGCGUCAUGUUCUUCAACUCGCUCGGCGGCGCCAUCGCCAUUUCCAUUGCGCAAAACAUCUUCGUCAACUCCCUAGCGAGGGAGAUUCCAAGGUAUGCGCCCGGUAUGGACCCCAGAGUCGUCAUCCAUGCGGGGGCAACGUAUGUGAGGGAUGUGGUUCCGCCUGAACUACUGCCAGGCGUGCUGGAGGCUUAUACGCAUGCGAUUGUGAGUGCGUUUAUACUGGCGAUUGCCACGUCUGGGCUUGGCUUCUUCAUUAGCUUUGGGAUGGAGUGGAAGAGUGUGAAGGGGAAGAAGAUUAUGGCUGCUGGGGCGGCUUGAGAUUAUUUGAAU